CCUCAACCAGAGCUCAUCAUGCUAUUAUCAAAGGGAAGCAAAGCUUUGUUCUUGCUCUAUCUACUUGUCUCAGUUCAAGCUGUCAACAGCUAUGAUGAAGCUUCACUCACAGUUGGUCAGUGCUACAAAGAUCAAACUAUGUGCCCUAGCCAUUGCAGAAAAUACAAUGACAAUGAUAACAUGUCAUCAGGUUAUUCCAUUUUGAAGGUGACCAUAGGUGGAGCAGUAGUUUUAGUGGCAGCUCCACAUGUAUUGUCUUUGGCAGGAUUUACUACUGCUGGGAUUGCUGCUGGUGGGAUUGCUGCCUCUUUGAUGGGUUUCUUUGCACCUACAGUAGCAGGUGGAUUAGUUGCUACACUACAGUCUCUUGCAACUGCAGGGAUACCACUUUCACUUAAAGCUUGGUUAUUUUCUGCUGGUACACUUCCUCCUGCUUUCAUGAAAUGGUUUGAUAGUGAUGAGUCUGAUGACUAUAAGAAUCUGUGUUGUUGUAAACACUGUCCUUUUUAAUGGGCUUAGUUCGAAAGAUCUGUAUACGCAUGUGGAGUAGAUGAUUAUUAACUAUUUUUCUUGUUUUUGUUACUUGAAUUUUUUUCCGUUUAUUUCUUUGCUGAUUUAUUUUAGACUAUUUUUAAAA